CUACACUCGAGACCGCACCGUUGUGACCCCGCCCCGUCUCUCAACACCGCCGAAUCCUGGCCCCGCCUCUUCCAUCGAGGCCACUCUAACGAGGAAGGCCUCUCCCACUCCAGGCUCAACAUAUUAAAAUUCUUAGCGCAACACAUGUCUCCUGAGAAAGUAACUGUCACAGUUCGUUUGGUACGGUCCUUUGAACAUCGCAAUUUCAAAUCUCUGGUCUACCAUGAUGUCAAUGUAAAUCAGACUGUACAGGAAUUUCUUAACGUUCUUCAGAAUGAUUUAUCUUCAAAACCUGGUCUUCCACCACCUUUUAAGAAAUACACCUAUGAUACAUUAAAGAUUAUUCACCAAGCACACGGUGCAAAGACAAAUGAUCUCGUUGUGAGUUUAGACAACGAUGAUCAACUUGUAUUAAAGGAGGCAAGCACACUGAAAGAAGCAGGAGUGGCCCAUGAAACAGAACUUGCUUAUUUCAAGAGAGAAGAUUAUGAAAAGUUCAAAAAGAACCCUGUAGUAUUAUGGUGAUUUAACCAGAAUGUGCCAAAUCUUAAAUAAUUUUAAUGAGUUUGAAUAUUAUAUUCUUCAGAAUAUGUUGAAACUUGUUCAAGAAUCCAAAAGAUGCCACAACAUAUAAAUAAAGUUAUUUUCUGUUAAUGUUGACAGUAGAAAGGUGCAUUUUAAUUUGGCUAGCCUAAUAAUCUCUUCCAUGGUGUUUUGCCUUAGAAAAGAUUGAGCUAUAACUAUAUACUUUCCCUGCAAUUAAUUAGAAAAUUGGAACCGCCACUUGCUUAUGAUUGGUUACAGGUCAAUUCUGAAAGAGGCUGGAGACCACAGUCUUAUUUUAAUGGCGUUGAAUAAUGGAGUUGAAAUGUCGCAACUGUGUAUGUUGUUGUCAAGUACUGCUCAUAUUUUUUCAAAUAAAUGGAAUUAAAUUCAAUGUAAAUUUUAAUGGUG